GUUGAAGAGCGAACACUUGUGCUGGUGCGGCUUCGGCGCGGUGAUGUGAUCCACCCGCGUCACCACGUGGGUCUUGGACGAGAAGGUCACCAGGGCCACGCGCGUGUUCUCCGCCGCCACCGGGAAGUCGGAGAGCAUCUUGCGCACGAAGCGCAGCUCGCUGCGGAAGUUGUUGGCGCCCACGCUGGACGACUCGUCCACCAGGAAGACCAGGUCCAUGCAGGCGCUCUUGUCGCGGAGCUCGCGGACGUUGCGCUUGAACGCCAGGCCGAGGCGGGCCACCUUCUUCUCGGCGCUCUCCGUCAGGUUGGCCGAAGACGACAAGUGUCCGGAGCGGCGGGGAUGCGGCUGAGCUGCGGUCCAAACGUCCAGGACGCACAGCGCCAGGAAGCAACAAGUCCACGACAGUCUGCACAUGGCGAGGAGUGGCACGAAUACGGUCAACUUCUUCAGGAGUUAAGAACACCCGCCACCAGCAGUGGACCUGAGGCACCACGGGAGGAUUUUGGACACCCGACCAACCCGCGUGGGUGUUUUGUGCCACUUCUUCAUGACAAGCCGGCGCCUCGCGGGUUGCUGACAGCGCAACAAUCCCUCCCCGCUUCUUUGCGCGCAAGGACGAGGAGCGCGCCCGACGGCAGGAGACAACAUUACGCAAGGAGACUCAACAUGUCGGACGGUCCCAGGCAGCGAGGUGCAUCUGCCAAGGAUGCCAGCGAGCAAGAGUCUGCAGAAGGAGGAGGAGGAGGAGGAGGAGUUGCACUGAAGAAGGAAAUAGGACUGGUGAGCGCCUGUGGUAUCAUUGUUGGUAAUAUUAUUGGCUCGGGGAUUUUCGUCAGUCCAAAGGGAGUGAUGGAGAACGCCAGCUCAGUGGGCGUGGCCCUGUUGGUGUGGAUCAUCACAGGCGUCAUCACCGCCAUCGGGGCACUGUGCUACGCUGAGCUGGGUGUCACCAUCCCCAAGUCGGGGGGGGACUACUCAUAUGUGAAGGACAUCUUUGGAGGCUUGGCCGGGUUCUUGCGUCUGUGGAUCGCCGUGCUGGUCAUCUACCCGACCAACCAAGCUGUGAUCGCACUCACCUUCUCCAACUACGUUCUGCAGCCCCUUUUCCCCACGUGCUUCCCACCGGAGAUCGGCCUGCGCCUGUUGGCCGCCCUCUGCCUCCUGCUGUUGACAUGGGUGAACUGCUCCAGUGUACGGUGGGCGACGAGAGUGCAGGACAUAUUCACAGCGGGCAAGCUGCUGGCCCUGGCACUUAUCAUCAUCAUGGGCAUUGUGCAGAUCUGCAAGGGAGAAUACUACUGGCUGGAGCCAGCGAAUGCUUUCGAGCCCUUCCAGGACUAUGACGUGGGAUUGAUCGCCUUAGCCUUCCUGCAAGGCUCCUUCGCCUACGGGGGUUGGAACUUCCUCAACUAUGUCACAGAGGAGCUGGUGGACCCCUAUGUAAACCUCCCUCGUGCCAUCUUCAUCUCCAUCCCGCUCGUGACCUUCGUGUACGUCUUCGCCAACAUCGCCUACGUCACGGCCAUGAGUCCCCAGGAGCUGCUGGCCUCCAAAGCAGUCGCCGUGACGUUCGGCGAGAAGCUUCUGGGGGUGAUGGCGUGGAUCAUGCCCAUCUCCGUCGCUCUGUCAACCUUCGGGGGAGUCAACGGCUCGCUCUUCACGUCGUCACGGUUGUUCUUUGCCGGGGCCAGAGAGGGACACCUGCCCAGUCUUCUAGCCAUGAUCCAUGUGAAACGUUGCACUCCUAUUCCCGCUUUGCUCUUCACAUGCUUGUCCACACUGCUCAUGCUGUGCACCAGUGACAUGUACACCCUCAUCAACUAUGUCGGCUUCAUCAACUACCUCUUCUACGGCGUCACUGUUGCCGGGCAGAUUGUCCUGCGUAUCAAACAGCCUAACAUGCAUAGGCCAAUCAAGAUCAACCUGAUUUGGCCGAUAAUUUACCUCCUCUUCUGGGCCUUCCUGCUCAUCUUCUCGCUGUACUCCGAGCCCGUGGUGUGUGGUAUCGGCCUGGCCAUCAUGCUCUCCGGCGUCCCUGUCUAUUUCCUGGGAGUAUACUGGGACAACAAGCCCAAGUGCUUUGAUGCUUUUGUUGACAAGCUGACAUACUUGGGUCAGAAGUUCUGCGUGGUGGUCUAUCCAGCUCAAGACAGCAGCGGCACAGACGAGGGAGAGGAAAUGAAGGAUGCCAGGUCUCCUCUGUCCAAGGAGGACGAAGACCACCACAAGUCAGCGGACUGUUAAAUGGCACGUGUGUAAGCUCCAUCCGCUCCCGGCCUGCACGCAGAGUGCAUCAAGCGCCACACUCGGAGGGGGAUUUACUGAUCAACACCAGUGCCCCCGCCACCCUUCCCCUUACUGCGUUCGUAAUAUAUCUGUGCCAAAUAGGCUGUGACAUCUCUAAAAGCAAUAUCGCGCCUCACACGUUCAUCUGGGGGCUCUUCAAGUGUGCAAUAAAAACGGGUUAGCUAAUCAUCAUCAUCAUCAUCUUCCUCCCCGCCACACACUCCCUUACACACUCCUCCUGAAAGAGCAUCAUCCUUUUUUUUUUUUUUAUUGCUGUGACGAUGUCUUAUUUUUUUCUACUUUUUUUUAAUUUUUUUUAAUCAUGUAAAUGUUGCUUUUUCAGACAUUCAGAACACCAAAGUUGUGUUGAAUUGUCCAAAACAAUGUUGUGAAAUACGUGAAUUCUAGAAUUUGAUUCCAGAAUGAAUUUCUUAAUUAUUUUUUUUUUUAUUGUGGUAAUUGUUUAUAGAUUUGUUUGUGUGUGAUACUUCAGAGCAUCAUUUCAUUUUCGUCUGCUUUUCUUUUUUUUUUAACUCACAGUUGAUGUGUGAUCUGUACUAUGUAUUGUUCAAUGUGCACAGUUCUUGUUAUUUGCCUUAAAUUAGAAUAUACUGUAUGUCCGUGGCAUUUAUAGCCAUGAUAUGACUAAUGUGAAGAGAUGUUUUGUCCUCGGGUUUUUAUGAAAACAGUAAGCAAACAAGUGGCAUUUUGUUUUGCGUAUAUUUGUAGUUUCCCCAGACGACAUUAACCUAAACCAGGGAUCUCCAAAAUUCGGCUCGGGGCCAUUUGCAGGCACGGGUACAUUAUUUUUUUCAUUUGUUUAUUGACUUUUAAAGCGUACACAUUUUUAGUAGUCUGAUCACAUAUCAAAUGUUGUUUUUUUUGUAAACAAGACACACAUAAAAACAACAAAGGCAUGGCGACAUAAUUAAACACAUUGAAGCAAGAAAACCAACAGCCAAAAUUAGAAAAGCUGAAAUGACGAUAGAAGUUAUACUACUAAUAGUAAUCAAACCAAAGGUCAUAUGCGGGAUGUUUUCUCUUGAAAUAUAUAUAACUUAUUAUAGGUGGGUUUGGCCAUCUGUAAUGGCCCUGCGAUGAGGUGGCGACUUGUCCAGGGUGUACCCCGCCUUCCGCCCCAGUGCAGCUGGGAUAGGCUCCAGCGACCCCGAGAGGGACAAGCGGUAUAAACCAAAUAAAAAAUGGCCACAGCAUCCUUUGAUUCUUCAAUAUGUGGCCCUCGGUAAAAAAAAAAGGUUUAUACAAGAAUCCCAGCACCAACACCUGAAUGCCUGUGUGGAAAACUAUAUGAUCAGCAAAACUAUUUUUUAUAUCCAACCAUCUAUAGCUGUGUUAUUUUAGGACAAAAAAUACAUGUUUUCGUUCAUGUACCGUAUUUUUCGGAGUAUAAGUCGCACCGGAGUAUAAGUCGCACCUGCCGAAAAUGCAUAAUAAAGAAGGAAAAAAACAUAUAUAAACUAUGAAAAAAACUGCGACUUAUAGUCCGAAAAAUACGGUAAUUUACUAAAGGUUAGUCCUCGCUCAAGCAUACGUGUGAUUAUUGUGUGAUCAUUGUUGUGUGUCUGUCAACAAACUGUAACACUCUUGUGUUUUAAAGUCUUCAAAAAUUGUCCUGUUUCUCAGGGCAAACUACAAGCUUAAAUAUGCUGCCUAAACACUUAAGAGAAACCGUUAACAUCGUUACCGGUGCUACUUAGUUUUUUCACUGCCUUUUUCCUCCUCCCAUGGAAGAUGCUGAAUUCAAAAAUGAGUAGCGUGCAAGUUAAAUGGGUUAUACUUGUGUGGCGCUUUCCUACCUUCAAGGUACUCAAAGUGCUAUGACACAAUUUCAGGUGUGACCCAUUCACCGAAUCACACACACAUUCACACACUGAUGGCGGGAGCUGCUAUGCAAGGCCCUAAGGACACAACAGAUGCCGGGGAUCGAACCAGGAACCCUCAAGUUGCUGGGGAAUUCCCAUUUACAGUUACAACGCUGUGAUACGUGCCUGUUGUGUUGUGUACGCAGUAUGUCUCGUUGCAAAUAAAACACUGACAGAUGUGUUGUGAA